UGUGUUCCUUCCCAUCCGGUUCAGAACUGUAAAUACUGAAAAAGGCUCAGCCACCUAAAAAGGGCAAACCAUAGUGCCAAAGGGAAUUUAUAAAUGUUUGUAGAGACCCCUGAGAGUUAUGGCAAGACUGAGCAAAAAUUUGCAGUGCUCCCUUUGAUACAAGUUUCAUUUUAUGUUCAUGGCAUGGUAUUGAUUUUGUACUCUUACUUCUUUUGUAUUUCAGUUUAUGAAGCAGCAUGGAAAUCUCUGUGCCAAAGCUAAAUAUCAGGCGAAAGUCCCUCCCUACUAUUACAUCCCCCAGUCCUGUGAUUGCUUGUAGCCAUGAAGGAUUCCUCUGGAAGCGUGGGCGGGAAAGCAGACAGUUCCAGAAGAGGCGAUUUCUCCUAUCAGCAAGGGAAGGGGUGAUGAAAUACUACACCAAAGAAUCCAGAGGUCCAAAAGCCAUUAUCAGCAUUGAGAAUUUGAAUGCAAUGUUCCAGACAGAGAAAAUCCAACAUGCUCACGGGCUGCAGAUCACAUACAAGACAGAUGGUCAAACAAGGAACCUUUUUGUCUAUCACGAAAGUGGAAAGGAGAUUGUUGACUGGUUCAAUGCCAUUCGGGCAGCACGUUACUAUUAUCUCAGAACAACCUUCCCAACUGUCCCUGAGUCUGAGCUCAUACCCAGGAUCACAAGAAAUUAUGUCAAAGAAGGAUAUAUGGAGAAGACAGGACCAAAACAGAAGGAGCCCUUCAAGGUGCGCUGGUUCUGCCUGGAUUCUCAAGACAGGAACCUGAUGUACUUGAAAAAUCCACUGGAUGCAUUUGCACAGGGCCAGGUUUUUAUUGGAAGGAUGGAUGAGGGAUAUGAAGUACGAGCUGGCUUGCCCCAGGGAGUUCGGGUGAAGAAGAGGAAGCCAGCGAUCACUGUGGUCACACCGAUGAGAGAGUUUGUGUUUAUAUGUGAGAACGACAGGGAGCAGAGGGAGUGGAUAGAUGCCUUAAAUGGAGUUAUUGCCCAGCCUUUGACUGGUUAAGACUAGCACUGAGUUCUGGUGAACUACACUUGGGCUCUGUUCAGCAUUGCUCUGUGGACUCUUCCUGCUGGCAAGGAUGGUGCUCAAGGCCCAGCAGGGACUCCAGUGCAAAGGGCUUCUUCCUUCAACAGCCCCAGGCACAGGAAGGGUGGCAACAGAGAAAUUAAUGAGGGAGUGCAGAUACUCAGAAACCAUCUGUGACCCUGCAGAACUUCGAAGUGCCUUCUCCCUUCCUACCCAUCUCUGCUUUUGAGCAGAGGAGGCCUUCCCAGCCUGCCAUGGGGGUGAAUCGUCCAGUGUUGUCUCUGGAAAAAAACAAAACAAAGUUGAUGGAGAGUCUGACCCCAGAAGGGCUGGCAUGCAUUUCCUUGAGGACUCCUGCACGUGCUGUUAUACCAGCUCCUCCUUUUCUUGCCUUGGUCUGCCAACAGAAGGACUCCUCUACAUCCUGAAGGAUGUACCUGGCAAUCCAGCCAGUGCCAUGGGGUCAUCUGUUACAUGAGUACACAGGGACAGUGACUGAGAGGCCAAGAUACCAUCUCCCCUCAGGAAGAUGCAGGGUGUCCUGUUGGAUCUAGGAGUCACAGGAUGUCCUUCUCGAGGAGGAAAAAGUCAGGCAGCUACAUUCUACCUGGCUGCAGCUCCUGUCCAGAUAAGGACAUGGCUGUUUUCAACAGGGUGAGUUUGAUUGCUUUUACAGUGUUACAUCUCUGGCACAGUAAAAAAUAAAAAUCACGUUUGAAUCAUGGAGCAUACUGUAAUGGAAUCUCUCUCAUUACAGAUACUCCUAGCUCCUUGCUUUCAACAGUCUCUGCUGUUUGUCUUUUUUAUGAAUGGCAAAUCCAACAUGUGAAGACCGUUGUUUUCCAAAGCAGCCCCAUGUAGUGCCCUGGUAAACCCAU